AUGGCUGGAAUCGCCAUUCUCUCACAAGGUGUUGGCUAUGGCGUCGUCCUGGGUGUCGGUUUCCUUUUCGCAUUGGGCAUGAUGUUCACUACAUGGACACUACGAAGAUACAACAAUGAGUUGCAGACCAGUGAAGUUUUCUCUACAGCUGGUAGAAGUGUCAAGUCAGGUCUUGUGGCUGCUGCCGUUGUUUCCAGUUGGACUUGGGCCGCGACUCUGCUGCAGUCAUCUGCCGUGGCCUACAACUAUGGCGUCUCUGGGCCUUUCUGGUAUGCAUCAGGCGCCACAGUACAAGUCAUUCUCUUUGCAACCCUCGCAAUUGAACUGAAGAGACGGGCACCCAACGCACAUACUUUCCUCGAGGCCAUCCGCGCCCGCUACGGAGGAAUCACCCAUGGAGUCUUCAUCACCUUUGGUCUCAUGACCAACAUUCUAGUUACAGCCAUGCUUCUCACAGGUGGCAGUGCCGUCAUCCAGGACCUGACAGGCAUGAACCCUGUCGCAGCUUGUUUCCUCCUUCCCGUUGGUGUCGUCCUGUACACCAUGUUCGGUGGCAUCAAAGCGACCUUCAUCACCGAUUGGGUCCACACCGUUGUCAUUCUGAUCAUUAUCUUCCUUUUCGCCUUUACCACGUACGCUACCAACAACAUUCUUGGAUCUCCUGGAGCUGUGUACGAUGCGCUGAAGGCUGCUUCUGCUCGUCAUCCCGUCGAAGGAAAUGCGCAGGGAAGUUAUCUUACCAUGCAAUCUCGUGAGGGUGGUAUCUUCUUCGUCAUCAACCUGGUCGGAAACUUUGGUACCGUAUACCUUGACAACGGUUACUGGAACAAGGCUAUUGCUGCAUCGCCAGUACACGCUCUUCCUGGAUACAUCAUGGGAGGUCUUUCGUGGUUUGCAAUUCCCUGGCUUUGCGCUACUACCAUGGGUCUUGCAGCUCUGGCUCUCGAGAACAACCCCGUCUUCCCUACCUACCCUCUUCGCAUGGCAGCUUCUGACGUCACUGCUGGCUUGGUCCUCCCUAACGCUGCUGUCGCUCUCCUUGGAUCCGGAGGUGCCGCUGCCACAUUGGUGCUCAUCUUCAUGGCUGUCACUUCGGCGAUGUCUGCUGAGUUGAUUGCUGUUUCUUCCAUCUGGACUUACGAUAUCUACCAGACUUACAUCAACCCCAAGGCUCAGGGCAAGAACCUGAUCUACAUGAGUCAUUGUUCUUGUGUAGCAUAUGCCUUGAUCAUGGCGGCCUUUUCGACAGGCUUGUACUACGCUGGCAUUGGAAUGGGCUACAUCUACCUCAUGAUGGGUGUUAUCAUCGGAGGUGCGGUUCUACCAGCGUCUCUUACCCUCCUCUGGGACCGCCAAUCCUGGGCCGCCGCCACAUUCUCCCCCAUCAUUGCCCUAGCAUGUGCUCUGAUUGGUUGGCUUGUGCAAGCAAAGUCACAAUACGGAGACCUCUCUAUCGACUCGACCGGCUCAAACUACCCCAUGCUGGUUGGCAACGUAGUCGCCCUUCUUACACCACUCGUCACUGUACCUGUGCUGUCCCUCAUCUUCCGCACCGAGAAAUACGAUUGGGUCUCUAUGAAGAUGAUCAGACGUGGCGAUGACACCGAUCUUACCACCGCUGCUCACGUGGACCCUGAACUUCUUCCUGGCGGUGCACACGGAGAAACAGCACAAGCGCUUGCAGCAGAGGAAGCAGAACAGAAACAUCUCCUCCGCGCUUCCAAAAUCGCCCGCACUUUGACAGUCUGCCUGGUCCUCUGUUUCCUUAUCCUCUGGCCCAUGCCUAUGUACGGUUCUGGCUACGUUUUCAGCAAGAAGUUCUUUACCGGAUGGGUCGUUGUGGGUAUCUUGUGGUUGUUUGUCACGUCCAUCUGUGUUGGCAUUUAUCCUGUGUUCGAGGGCCGCAAGACCAUCGCUAGAACAUUCAAGUCUAUGUACUUGGAUGUCACUGGCAAGAAGCAUCCUGUUACUCAUGGCAGAGCUACCAUUGCCGAGACUGCGGAGGUUGAACAGAAGAUGGACAAGGAAAAGGACAGGGAUGCCGAAGCUGCUGUGAGGGAUUCCGACUAA